AAACCAUUCUUAGAACCCAACUUCCUCAAGCAGCCCAAACCCAGAUCUAAUUUAUGGAUAGGUUAGGGUUUUAUUAGGCUGCUGUGUGCUGCUUCUCCUCAUCAGCAACAUAUCAAACAAGAGUCUGAAGUUGGAGUCCUCUGUCACUCAGCAAACAUGGGGAAGACACGCGGUAUGGGAGCUGGACGCAAGCUGAAGUCUCACCGCAGAAGGCAAAGGUGGGCUGACAAGUCCUACAAGAAGUCCCAUCUUGGGAACGAAUGGAAGAAGCCAUUUGCUGGGUCAUCCCAUGCCAAAGGCAUUGUGCUUGAGAAGAUAGGUAUUGAAGCUAAGCAGCCAAACUCUGCUAUUCGUAAAUGUGCUAGGGUUCAACUCAUCAAAAAUGGGAAGAAGAUUGCUGCUUUUGUCCCCAACGAUGGUUGUUUGAACUACAUUGAAGAAAACGAUGAGGUGUUGAUCGCUGGAUUUGGUCGUACAGGCCAUGCCGUGGGAGAUAUUCCUGGUGUUAGGUUCAAGGUUGUGAAGGUUUCUGGUGUCUCUCUUCUGGCUCUCUUCAAGGAGAAGAAAGAGAAACCCAGAUCUUAAGUUGCCCUCUUUGCCAAAAUACUUUUAAGCAUGUAACAGGCUAUUAGCUAUCUUGAGUUUGUGAACAAACAGUUUUUGAUCUAGGUAUUGUACUGGAAAUUUUGGUUCUUUCCUGAAGUUCAUAUUGUUACCCUAAAGUAUGUGGUAAUUACCCUCCCCCACCCAAACCAAAAAAACGAGACUUCUCUAGAAGUUUAUCUGGCAAUUGUUCCAGCGACGUUAGUAUUAAGAAGUUGUGAUA